AUGAAUCGAGGCUUGAUGCGAAAGUUUGAAAACCUGGUCCGGUUACGCGGCGCUUGCAGACAGCUGCGUACUCUCUCCUACAGAAAAGUUUACAGAGCACAAUGGAAGCCUGUGCAGUCAUCCCCGCAUCCCGUGCGGUCCGUCCUGCUGUAUCCGUGGUUCUGGCAAAAGGACAGAUUGGUCAGUGUUGCCUUAACGCAGCACAGACAGCUCGCUACAAAGGAGGAGACAAAAAAGAAGAAAAAGAAGAUAGCACUGACACAAGGUGAAGUGGAGAUAAGGCACAGGAUGACUGUGGAGGAACUUGCACGGGCUAUGGGUAAAGACAUAGAUCACAUAUAUGAAGCGCUGCUGUACACAGAUAUUGACCUUGAUUCUGUAGAACCAGAUUCCAUCUUACAUGAAGACCUUAUUAAGCUAGUUCUUAAUAAAUCAGGAAUGAAGUAUAAAUCGGCGAAACUGAAAAAGGAAAAACAAAGAGAAAACACAGAUGCUGUGAAAAGGCCUCCUGCAGACCCAGCAGUACUGACCCCGCGGCCCCCGGUUGUUACCAUCAUGGGCCACGUCGAUCAUGGGAAAACCACCUUACUUGACAGUCUACGAAAAACUCAGGUGGCAUCAAUGGAAGCAGGAGGCAUUACGCAACACAUCGGUGCUUUCCUUGUGCAUUUGCCUUCGGGGGAAAAGAUAACUUUUCUAGAUACUCCUGGUCACGCGGCUUUUUCGGCCAUGCGAGCAAGAGGUACCCAAGUUACUGACAUCGUCAUACUGGUUGUAGCGGCAGAAGAUGGAGUGAUGCAGCAAACUAUAGAAUCCAUUCAACAUGCUAAAAAUGCAGGAGUUCCUAUUAUCCUUGCCAUUAAUAAAUGUGACAAACCGGAAGCUGAUCCUGAAAGAGUAAAGAAGGAGUUGCUGGCUCACGAUGUGGUCUGUGAAGAGUUUGGAGGUGAUGUUCAAGCCAUAAGUAUUUCUGCCCUCAAG